AUGGCUGCGGAGCCAAUGCCAGAUGUUUUGACAGAUGAGGUCAAUUUUUUUAGUGAAGGCUAUUUCCCACUUCUGGGCCGCCAUUUCAGCUUUUGGGUGAAGGACUCUGGCGCCAUGGCCAUCUCGGCACAACCACGCGGACCCUGGGUGUCUGAAGCGUUGUUCAG